UUGCUGAUGAUCCAUAAUUGUAUCCUCCAGCGCCCUUGCCGCCUUCUGCCUGCACUCCCCCCUCCUUAGCCUUGCAGAUCCCCGCCUCCCAAACGGGGUGUAUAGGGAGGACUAGAACGAAGGGGCAUCUGUUACCCCUAUGAUGGCUUCUGAUUUGGGCGAUGCUGCAAUAUUGGAGUCCCCCUCUGUGCACCUUUUGGAGACGCGAGCACCUUCGAGAAAAGCGAACAAAAAGGGGGGACUGCCAGAGGCGAAGCGAAAAGGGCGGGCCAAGCGUUUGAACAAAGAUGCGGAGGAGCUGCUCGCAGGCUUGCAGCGAUUGGAUCUCACCACAGAAUGUGCAGUACCCACAGGGACUGGCCUGGUUUGGGAUGAGCGGAUGACAGAAUUUCACUGCCUCUGGGAUGAGAGUUUCGUGGAGUGUCCAGAGCGGUUGGUGGCCACGCGAAACAAAUUGCUGCAACGUGGACUCUUGGAGCGUUGCAUUCCUGUGGCGGCCCAGGCUGUUUCUGAGGAAGAGGUCCUCUUGGCUCACAGUCAGGAGUACCUGGCUCUGAUGAAAUCCACUGAACUGAUGAGCGAGACUGAGCUGAGAUCUCUGUCAGACAUGUAUGAUUCCGUCUACCUACACCCAAAUUCCUACCGCUGUGCCUGCCUGGCUGCUGGUUCCGUUCUGCAUCUUGUGGAGAAGGUGUUGGCUGGGGAGCUCCGUAAUGGACUGGCUGUGGUCAGGCCACCUGGACACCAUGCUCAGCAUGACAAGAUGGAUGGCUACUGCAUGUUCAACAAUGUAGGCAUCGCAGCCCAAUAUGCACGACAGAAACUAGGGGUGGAGCGGGUACUUAUUGUUGAUUGGGAUGUUCAUCAUGGACAAGGCACCCAGUACCUCUUUGAGGACAAUCCCAGCAUCCUUUAUUUCUCCAUUCAUCGCUAUGAAGGAGGCAGCUUCUGGCCUCAUCUUCCAGAAUCUGACAGCCAUGCCGUGGGCCGAGGGCGGGGAGAGGGCUACAGCAUCAAUGUUCCCUGGAAUCAGACAGGAAUGCGGGAUGCUGAUUACUUCUCUGCCUUUCUACAUAUUUUGCUGCCUGUGGCCUUGGAGUUCCAGCCCCAAUUGGUCUUGGUUGCUGCUGGCUUUGACUCCGUCAUUGGUGACCCCAAGGGAGAGAUGGCGGCCACCCCUGCCUGCUUUGCUCACCUGACGCAUCUGCUGAUGCCGCUGGCUGGGGGCAAGCUGGUUCUGGCUCUGGAGGGUGGGUACAAUCUUGAUUCCUUGGCGGAGGGGACCUGUGCAGCCCUCAAGACUCUCCUAGGAGACCCCUGUCCUCUGCUGGAAUCUCCCCUCACUCCAUGUAGCAGUGCCCUCCGCUCUGUGUCCCAGACGCUUGCAGCUCACAGCAAAUAUUGGAAGAACCUAAGGAGAAUCAGUGCAGAUGUGCCCCAAGAGGAUGAAGGAAAGGAGAAUGUAGCUGUGCCUUUGGGCAGCCCUCUGCCAGUAGCUGAGAUCCUGUCCAGGUCAGCAGCUGAACUGAUGCAACCCCUGCCGCUUUCCUGUACAGGACUGGUUUAUGAUGAGAAGAUGACGGAGCAUUACAACAUGUGGGACAGCCAGCAUCCAGAGCUGCCCCAGAGAGUCUCCCGCAUUUUCCAGCGCCACAGGGAGCUACGUCUGACAGAGCGGUGCAGUCGACUCCCGGCCCGGCUGGCUUCUGAAGAGGAGCUGAGGAUGUGCCACAGUCUGGCCUAUGUGGAGACCGUGAAGUCAACAGCCACCAUGAAGCCUCGAGACCUGCAUCGUCAGGGUGACCAGUACAAUUCUAUCUUCAUCUGUGCCAGCUCCUAUGAGUGUGCCCGACUGGCAGCUGGUUCUGCAUUCUGUGCGGUAGAGGCUGUGCUUUCUGGAAAGGUCAGGAAUGCUGUGGCCAUUGUCCGUCCACCUGGACACCAUGCUGAAUCGGACACUGCCUGUGGCUUCUGCUUCUUCAAUUCAGUUGCCUUGGCAGCACGAUACGCACAGCGCCUAGCUGGACGACCUAUGAGGGUAAUGAUACUAGACUGGGAUGUUCACCAUGGCAAUGGGACACAGCACAUGUUUGAAAAUGAUCCCAGCGUCCUGUAUGUCUCCCUCCAUCGCUAUGACAACGGAACCUUUUUCCCCACCUCUGAGGAUGCGGACUAUGAUCGGGUGGGCCAGGGACCUGGUGAGGGCUUCACCCUUAAUGUGCCUUGGAACUGUCCCCGCAUGGGAGACCCCGAGUACCUGGCUGCCUUCCACCAGAUUGUCAUGCCUGUCAGCUAUGAGUUCAAUCCAGAGUUGGUCCUGAUUUCUGCUGGUUUUGAUGCUGCUCGAGGGGACCCGCUGGGUGGAUGUCUUGUGACACCAGAAUGUUAUGCACACAUGACCCAUCUCCUCUUGGGCUUGGCAGGUGGCAAGGUGGCGGUUGUGCUGGAGGGUGGCUACAACCUAGAGUCGAUCUCAGAGUCUAUGGCCAUGUGCACACGCAGCCUCCUGGGGGAUCCUCCACCCCCACUGGGACGCCUCAAGCCUCCCCAUCCCAGUGCCCUGCAGUCUUUAGCCCGUGUUACAGCUGUGCACCGCAAGUAUUGGGCAAGUCUCCGACUGGAAGUGCCUGCCCUUCUGAGGGAAAAGCCCAGGACUCGGGCUGGGAAGGGAACUCCCAUUCCAAAUGAAAUCUCCAUAGACGGCCCCCCUGAGUUGCUUGCAAGUCCUACAGCUCAAUUUAUGGAGACUGUGACUGAGGUGAUCAGAAGCCCCAUGGCCCCAUCUGUGGCUAAUGUGAUUGCAAGCCCCACAGUUCAGCCUGUAGAUGAUGUGGAUGCAAACCUUCCCGUUCCGCCUGUGGUAUCAGUGGAUGAUGCAGUCAUAGCUUUGGGCUCCCUCCAAUUAGAAGAUCACCCCACAGAGGAGAGUGAGACUGCUUCGGGCUCUCUUUCUUCUGACUCCAGUUCAGUGGGUGGGGCCAGACAGAAGGUCAGAUGCUCUCCUGACAAGACUGAACCAGCAGAGCCCACUCAGAGCAGAGACACGUCAACAGGGAAUUCCUCUGGUGAAGCAGAGUCUCCCAGCAAAGAAACGGAGGUGAGCCCACCAGCUUUCCAGCCUUCUCCAACUGAGAUUAUUCUGCUUGAUGAAGCCACAGGAGGCUGUUCUUCCUUCUGUGAACUACCUGGAAAAGAUCUGUCGGAUGGCGGGCUGUUUUAUGCCGUGACGCCUCUACCGUGGUGCCCUCACCUUGACUUGGUGCUACCUGUACCUCCAUCUGGCUUGAAUGUAUGGGAGCCCUGUGCAGAAUGUGGCAGCCAAACUGAGAACUGGGUCUGUCUGCUUUGCUACAAGGUUGGUUGUGGCCGCUAUAUCAAUCAGCACAUGAUAACUCACAACUUGGAAUCUGGGCAUCCACUGGCGCUCAGUUUUGCGGACCUCUCUGUCUGGUGCUAUGUAUGCCAAGCCUACGUCCAUCACCCGGCUCUCUUUGAAGCCAAGAGUCAGGCUCACAAGAUGAAGUUUGGAAUGGAUAUGGCUGUACCUUCCUAAUAUGACUCCAUCCUUUCCAGGAAGGGGCUAAUAAUGAAUGCAGCACAAUCUACCACCCAAUCAUUUGACCUCAGUGAACUGAACCUGAUGCUUAAAGGGCUCUUUGACGUGCCAAAAAUAGUCAACAAUCAUCAAUGCAAUACCACCAGCAGCCAUGAAUCGAACACCAGCAACCUCAUUGCUUCCACUAGGACCAAGAACAUUCUCUUCUCUUUCCCUCCUCUCCACCAGUUUGGUGGGUGUUGUGGGUGGGUGUCUGUGUCAAUAAGACAAUGUUUCAUCACUGGUUACAAUUAAACAGCCUGUUUGGGGGAUAUUUACACUUCCAAAUCAGAGGGAGUUUGUUUCCCCCAAUGUUGAAACAGUAUCAAUGCAACUUUUUUCAUAAGGUGGGGUGAAUGUCUGAGUUCCAGUGGCUGAUGCCACAUGUCAUUCUCCCCGCAAAAUCAUUUUAUAUUUUACCGUAUCACUCCUUCCUCUCAUUAUAAUGGCUUUGAAUUCAGGUUGGAAAAACCCAUGCUGAAUUUGCUGAUGGGGUGUGUGGCGAAAUUGGGAUGUGUUCUUUCUUUUUCUCCCCUGCUCUGCCAUUAAUCAAGAAUGAUCUGGAACUAGUUGAGACGGAAGCAUGCUUUUUGAUGUAUAAGAUGGAAGUGUUUGGUUUGCUGAUUCAAAGUUUCUGUGAAAUUUGGUCCUGCAUGCAGCAGGGAAAGUUCAAGGGGCUUGAGAGAAUGGGAUAAGGAGUCCUUCUUCUAGAUUAUGGGGACAGAGGAGUGGGUUCUGAAAGAGAACCGUCCAGGUUACCCUCUGACCAUGACAAAGACCUUAAAUCAUGAUUCUAAGGAUAAAUUCUUGUACUUCUGUCACUGUCCAGGGACUCAAAACCCUAUAUGAAUAUGAGUGGUAUCUGAGAGAGAAAACUCCCCUGUAAGGCAUGGUGGCCCUAACCUCCUUGGUGGGCCUGCUCUUUUCCCAGGCACUUGCACCAAUCUGCUUCAGAUGGCCCCAUUUCAUAUGGGAGGUGCUUUACUCACUCCUUGCACCCUGCAUAAUUUGCGUCUUGCACAGUUGGUCAGGACAGCAAGCAGCCGUGCUGCAGAAAAGAGCAGAGAGUUGAGCUGUAACAGCCAUGACAUCCCAGAGUGGGAAAUGUUUGUCGGAGUUUUCUUGUUAACCAGAGAGCAGGAUUGACUCUUCCAGCUGUCAAGUGGGAGCCCUGCCAUGGGCAGUGAUGGGAUGGGGGUGAGGGGGUAGCCUUUGGCCACUGUGUGUUCCUGCAGUGUCCUAAGGCCAGUCCUCUUGUUUAUUCCAAAAGCAGAGAAAGGACUUGGAUAUAGUGUUAGGGUUCCUAGGCAACCCUGUCUGAUGCAUUGUGGUUGGAAGCACCCGCUGAUGGCUUCCCAGCAACCACAGACUGAUCCUUUACCUGUCUCUCAUCUGGAACCAAUAAACCUGAAUAAGGGCAGGGCUGAAGUGACCAGUGUCUCUAACAAGGUAAGAGAAAGGAUGGGGAAUGGUUUUAUUGGAAAAGGAACUGUGGGUGAGAGUGGCGGGCAGGGGUCAUGUUGCCAGGGCUGGCCCUGGUAUAGUGACCGGAUGGAUAUAGAAGGCUAAACUUGUACAAGCACCGUGAUAUGAAAGGGGUGGGGUGGAGGUGGGGUGAACGGGUGGGCACCGGACUUUUCAAAGGGAGGCAUUCGUUACGUUGUAGCCUCCCCAAACUUUCCUCUGCAUUUGUUUUUCUGCUUGGUUUUGUAAUCUUUCUAAUUAUUCAAAUAAAGUGUUGCUGUAGCGUA